AUGGACAAGAGAAGUGACAGGGUUCGUUCGGUGGUGAACCUAUUUUUGGACAAGUUGGAGGAGGUAGAUCAUUAUAGUUGGGCGUCAGGUACACUUGCUUGGUUGUACAGACAGCUUGGUCAGGCAUCUCGAGCUGGUGCCAGAAGGUGGUUGGUUGUCUCACACUUCUGCAGUGUUGGAUCUACGAGUACUGGGUGUCUUAGGGACACCCCUCCAGGGGAUUUUUUAGUUGUUUUGAUGUUCGAACCAUUUAUGAUUUGUACUAUUUGUGUUUAG